CAUGACCGCAGGGCAGCGAGACACGGAAUCAUAUCCAGCCAAGACGAGAAGCCUGAAUUUAGGAAGUACCUCGGUGAAUCUCACUUAUCUAUCGUGAAUCACGUCUGAGCGGGCGCAAUAUACCAAAAUGUGGAACUUGGAUUUAGGUGACCUGUGCGCUUCUUUCUGUCUAACUACUGCAAACUGACCGGCAGCUGUAGAGCGGAUGAGUUUCCUUUAACUGAAAAAGGAGCUUGAGUAGGUCCAAUGGAGGAACCUCUGCUCGGGGGAUACGUGAGUCGGCGCGACCGCUGUGGCAGGAUUUUGAGGUCCUGGCUGCCCAUCCUUUCCUGGUUGCCACGCUACAAGUUGAAAUGGCUGCAGAUGGAUCUGCUUGCUGGUCUGACCGUGGGGUUGACUGUAGUACCGCAGGCCCUGGCCUACGCUGAAGUAGCCGGUCUACCGAUACAGUAUGGCCUGUACUCUGCCUUCAUGGGUGGCUUCAUCUACACCCUACUGGGGACGUCCAAAGACGUGACUCUGGGUCCGACAGCCAUCAUGUCCCUCUUGUGUUCCUCUCUGGUGGCUGGAGAACCCAGGCGAGCCGUUCUGCUCAGCCUCCUGUGCGGCCUCAUCCAGGCGGGGAUGGCUUUGCUCCGAUUAGGCUUCCUCCUGGACUUCAUCUCCUUCCCUGUCAUCAAAGGCUUCACUUGUGCCGCUGCAGUGACUAUUGGCUUCGGUCAGGUUAAGAACAUUUUGGGGCUGAAGAACAUCCCUCAAGAGUUCUACCUGCAGGUCUACUACACCUUCUGCAGGAUCACUGAGGCCAGAGUCGGGGACGUGGUCCUCGGCCUCCUUUGUCUCCUCCUGCUGGUCAUGCUGGUGCUGAUGAAGGCCAGUCUGAGAUCUGGCGAAGCUCCGGCGUACUCCAGAGCUGCCAGGAAACUGGUUUGGACUGUCUCCACAAUGCGCAACGCUCUGGUGGUUGUAGGUGCGACUCUAGUGGCCUUCGCCUGGGAUGUGACUGGCCAUCAUGUGUUCAGCAUCACCGGGAACACUACUGCCGGGCUGCCGCCAUUUCGCCCGCCGCCCACCUCUGAUGUCACAGCCAACGGCACGGUCAUUCCAUUCGUGCAGAUUGUGGAGGACUUCGGAGCCGGACUGGCUGUGAUUCCUCUGAUGGGGCUGCUGGAGAGCAUUGCUAUAGCGAAAGCAUUUGCCAGUCAGAAUAACUACCGCAUUGAUGCCAACCAGGAACUUUUGGCAAUUGGCAUGACUAACAUCAUGGGCUCCUUUGUCUCGGCCUACCCUGUCACCGGCAGUUUUGGGAGGACGGCAGUGAAUUCUCAGACCGGGGUUUGUACUCCAGCUGGAGGGAUUGUCACAAGCUUGACUGUGUUGCUCUCGCUGGCGUUCCUCAUGCCGGCCUUCUACUACAUCCCAAAAGCCUCCCUGGCGGCUGUUGUCAUCUGCGCGGUGGCUCCCAUGCUGGAUUACAGCGCUGUGGCUAAGAUGUGGAAGAUACGCAAGCUGGACCUGCUGCCCUUCCUCGUGACCUUCGUGAUGAGCCUGUGGCAGGUGCAGUACGGCAUCAUGGGAGGCGUCGCCGUGUCUGGAGUGCUGCUGCUGUACCACACCGCCAGACCGCAGAUCACCGUGUCGGAUCAAGGAGUGCUGUUAAUGGAACUGAGCAGCGGGCUCAGCUUUCCCGCCACAGAAUACCUAAGCCACGUCAUGCACACACAAGCCCUGCAGGUGUCUCCCCCACGGUCGGUGGUCCUGGACUUCCGCCACGUCAGCGUCAUUGACUACACAGUGGUCAGUGAGCUCAGGGAUCUGCUGCAACAGUUCCAACUACAAAAUGUGCAUCUGAUCUUUUACAGAGUGCAGCCAUCCGUGCUGCAGGUGCUACUCAAGGCCGACCUUCAAGGGUUCAAACACACGGACAGCGUGGAGGAAGCACUUCAUGUUUCAUGAAGAAAGUCCUGGUGAUGAAGGAUCACCGGCUGCUAUCCAGGUCAUAUGGUGAUGCACUACUUCUGCCUCAGUGACACCCGAAUAACUCUGAAUUCAAGUAUAUGUCCCGCCCCGCCACAUGACGUUGGUGAACUCCAUCUUGGAAUUUAUGACCUCCAAAACAAACUAUUGAAGUUUUAAACUAUUGUGAGCAACAAACAAAGCAAACCCAUCAGCUCCACUGCACAUCUUGGUGCACAAAAUAACCUCUCAGAAUCAGAAGAAAAGUGUAUUUCAUUACAUGUUAAACUGAUUUAAAGUGGUUUUUAUUCACUUAAAAAUAAUUCUGAAUAUCACUGAAGCAUUUGGGUAAAUAUUCUGCAGUAUGAAACACACAUUACAGUUUUGUUUGUACAAAUGACAGCACACUAGCAUAUAGGUCAAAGAACAGAAAGACGUAUCUUCAGUUCUCAUCAUCUACAGGAGUGAUACAGAAACAGCACAGCGCAGAAUGAUACAGAGUCAGUCAGCAGGUUGAGACUUGUAAAAGUGAAGAUGUAAAAUCUGCAGUGCAAGAAGUCACAAGAAGCAUUUCCAAAGUAAUGUGUUGCUAAAAACCUGCCGAACACUGUGAGAAAGUCGAGUGAAACAGUGCAAUCCAGUGUUGCUGUUCCUCUAAGUCAACUGUUGCCGAGUAUAUUAUUCAAUUGUACACAGAUAUUUUGAGAUGUCGUGUCAAAUUACAGGUAGUAAGUGUAGCAUUGAAGCUGUAAAGAGGUGAACUAUGAACUAAUUCAAUGACACUUCUGAAUGAAGCAGCUCUGUUGGUUGUAUCCAAGUCAGUAAUGGCUGUUAUUAUGUAUUUGUCGACAGCACCAGCGUAAGUUUGAACCAAUCAGAGGUACAUAUGUGUGUGUGGUUUGUUGAUGCAGGGAUUUUUUGUUGAUCAUGAUCUGAUCAAAAUCCUGAUAUGAGAACUUCUGUCUUCUUAUCUGACCAUCGGUACUUCAGUCAUUCAAAAGCUUCAGUACUGACUCUCUCUCUGAAAUCUCUCCCCACAAGCAGCAAGAAAGUUUCCUUUAACACAACAAAGUUACCGUCGUGUGGAGACUUUCACUCAUGAAUGUGGCCUCUCUCAGUUCACUGCAGUCAUGAACACUUGGUCAGUAUCGGUCAGUAUCGCUCGGCUUUUAGUGUAACAUCUGUGUUCAGUUUUUAUUCCUGGCCAGUUUGUAAUGAUCCUGAAUCAAAAGAGAUGUAUGAUUUUGUGAACUACCUCGAAUGUUGACGGCUUACUUUCAUUUCUGUCAGGUGAUCAGCUGGAUGACAUUAUUGCACAGUGACACUAAACAUGGAUUUUAGUUUUUUUUAAUAAUUCUUUGUAUUGCUUUUAUAUAUAUUUGAAAUCUUUUACAGUUGUGGGUAAUAAAAUACUCCUGAAGUCAUCAUUGUGCUUUUGCUUUUAUAUGUUAAAACUACAAUAUUGCUCAGAUUGUUUUUCGCACCUUGAUUGUAAUAAUUUAGUUGUGUUUACUGACACAAAUAUAACUUACUUUUACUCGUGUGGGGAACCAACUAUCCAAUCUAUUAACCAGCCUGUCAUCAGAACCAUUUUUUCAGAAAAUCAAGAGUUUGGACUCAACGGAAGCCAUGAAAUGCAAAAGUUGACUUUUUCCAGAACUCAAAUGACUUAAAAGAAACAAAAACUUGUCUGGCAUCUUUGGACCCAGUAAACAUCAAGGAAAGUGAAGAAAUUCAUUAAAAUAUAAAAGUUGAAUUUUGGUUUAAACGCGACGACGACAGGACUCAAAAUGCCAAAAAUGACAAGUUUUCAAUACUCUGUUCAGCUCCUUCUGCACGUAGUGUAUAUUCUCUGUCUGUAAUGCAGGAAACACAGUUUUGUGAAGCCGCAUUGUUAUUGUUUUCUAGAUCCAUUGUCCAGAAUAUUUACUCAUGGAACUUGGUUCUCUUGACCCUUUGCGUUUUACACCUCACCUUCAAAUAAACCUCAGGAGUGACGCAGUUCUG